AUGGAUAGAUUGAGAGAUUACAUGGAGGAAAUGAUGAAAUUCACACUCCAAAACCCUUCAGAUCUCGAUGUACUGCUUUCCGAUGAUUUCUGCUCCGGCCUUCUCUCCGGCGAACCAAUUAUUCACGCCGAUACUGUAGAUGCUUUUGGAGGUGUUUCUGUUUAUCCAUUGUACAAGCGUCUUGCCUUAAGUCUGCUGAAGUCAAUUGAUUCUGGCUCCUUCUGUGGAACCUUUGAGAAGAUUUCAUUAGCGAAGGAAGUAAUCUGGUUGAAGGAGAGAGAAGCUGAAUGGGGCGAACUCAUUAUCCUAAAAGGUUCCGAGUUAGUCAAUGUCUUGAAGGAAAUAGUUUGCGAGCUUCAAGUUCAAGAGCCCUUGUUUUCCUUCAUGAAAGAUGGCAUCAAAACAAUUGAAGCAAGGUGUUUUGAAGCCGAGUAUGAUAGACUUCAACAAAGAGGUUCUAUGAUUAUGAUUAAUAAAUGUCUCAUGUUUGAAGUUCUGGAAUUCCACAAAUAUCCGUCCUUUUACGAGUUGUUGAAAGCCGAGAGUACAGAGAAAGUGUUUCCUGGCGUUGAAACAGUGGAAGAAGGUAUGAAAAUGUUUAGAAAGUUUGAUCAAGAGAAAAUCAAUGGUGUUGUCGCAAUCCAUCUUACUAAAUCAGUUGUUCAGCCUUGUGUCGCUUUGUCUCACAUACUCUCUGGCUUGAGUUACACAGGCGUGCAAAGUCUUUUGGGUCUUUCUCACACUACUGGAUCCAUUUCUCAUGCUCUGCCUCCUCCAAGAUCGAUUCUACACUCUUCAUUCAUGCUUCCGUAUAGACCAAAGAUAAAAGGUUCUACAUUGAGCCAUGGAGCUAGAGCGUUAGCCAAACAUGUAGAUCGAAGUAGCGAUAGAUUUUGGGGUGUUCUUCAUGGAACUGAUUCAGAGAAAAACAGGCUUGCGAUGGACAUUUUCAAUCGCUUCAUUAGCCAAUGUUGCUGGAUGAACAUCCAUAUCGUUCGACCACACGGGGAAGUGUUCGAGAUAAGAGUAGCUCAAGGCUAUGGAGCACGUUGGUCUCGUGAUGGAACCAAAUUCAUUGGAUUUCUUGAGCCUUACACUGAAGAUGGUCACUCCAUGGCAUGGAAGCAUUAA